AUGCUUUAUUGGCCGAAGCGUGGAGGCUUGUCGGCCGAUGACGUGCUUUCGCCUGAGGACGUCGAUAAGGGUGAUGAGGCAGGAACGUCGGCCCGCGCUAUGCGAUCCAUGGGCCGCUUGCAAACUGUGCACCUGAACGCGAACGGUGUUCGAGACUACUUUACUCGCUACGGUGAUGGUAUUCGACGGGUUCUGGCCGAUCAAGGUCCCAUGCCAACCUUCAAGGAGGCACCCGUCCUGGAAAAAUUGGAAACGUUUUUGAAUCGCAGUAUGCCACUCGAUCAACUUGCAGCGAUGAAAGCUGAACGUGAAAGAAAUUUAGCACGGUUAGCGAGUCUCAAGAAGAAGAUUGACUAG